ACACCGGAGGCCCGCUUGAGCGGUCCGCUGUGCCUGUAGGCAGGUCGUAAAGUUAUAGCCGCUUGUUUACGCUGUUAUUAGCCUGUCUAUUUCUAUAAGGCCAGUGCGUCCACGCAGCUAGAAAGCACUUACUGACCAAAUACGUGUUGCUUAGGCAGCGAAAGAAAGGAGAUGUCAGCUUGCUCGUCAGGCCAACGAGCUGCACGGAAGCUCUAAGAAGCGGUCGCCCUGCGUACGUAUAGUGAGGCAGGUGUAUAUGUGAUAAGCCGCAAGCGCGAUGAACAUGAUAGGGAGCAGCAGGCUUCGGCUGCUUGGCUACGUUGUCGCCCACCUUGUCGUUGCCGCCGAAGGUGCCUAUGAGACCACCACUACCGUGGCUGGAGCAACAACGACCAGCGAGGCAACCACGCGCAGCUUCGAGGCUGAUGUAGAUGACGCCCUGAACCUGCUUUCUCGAAAGGCACUACCACUCGUCUCGGAGCUGCUGACGAGCGGGGAGCUCGGCCCUGCCUGUUCCUCUAGUCUCAUCAAACUCUUCCUGCACUUGAGGCUCAAGGAACCAUGGGCAAUACGCAUGGUGACCGCCAAUGGCUUGGUUCCGACCAACCUGCUCGAGGGCAGCCUGGUGAGCUUGGGCGGCUACGAGCAGUGCCUCAAGACCCGCUUUCGUGACUACCAGGGCGAGCUACUAUUCAAAGGCCGCUACUGCUCGCUCUUCGCCCAAAUGCCCAAGGAUGCGAUGCGGGAUCUCGUGAAGCGCUUCCACGCCGCCGGCAUGUUACGCGGUCGGAAGGAUCCACUGACUGCAACUACGGACACCGGCUUUCACAGCAUCGACUUCAGAGUAGGGAUAUGCCUACCCUCACUGUGCUCACGCUCUGAAAUAGAUUUUUUGUUUAGUUCAAUUAUGAAGCUAUACGGGGUCAAUGCCACGGUUCGAGGGUGCAGAACAGAUGACCCAAAAUCAUUAACUCUACUCCAGGCCUGCUCCAUCGCACUCUUAUGCUGUUUAGCCUUACUUUUAUGCGCUGGAACAGUCGCGGAGUGCUAUCUCAAGCCAUCAGGUGCUACGAAACCAAGCAAACUAUCUGCAGCUGCCCCCGUCAUGGUUUUGUGUUGGUUCUCUGUCAUUUCAAACACACAACGCCUCUUCGACGUCAGCAAAUAUGAAGGAACACCGCGCAAAAAUCUGCUGUUCUUCAGUGGAGCCAAAUUGAUCCUGUGCUUCUGGGUUGUCUUCUUUCACUCUUACACGCUGAUUCAGCCGGAGUUCUACCAUUCCGGCUUCAAGAUAUAUGACUUGGGAGACAGAGUGUAUUUCCAGUUAAUAACAAAUGCUUUUUUGUCAAUUUCCAGCCUCUUCUUUAUUCAGGGUUUUAUAUUUUCGUACCUCGCCAACGUAAAUCACGAAGCGCUUCCAGCAACAAAGUGCUUGCGAUCCUACUUGGUCAUUCUUGUCCACCGAUAUGUAAGACUGACUGUUCCCGUUGUGAUAGUGGUGUUCUUCGCGUUCUUGUUGCCCACCAUGGGUGAAGGGCCUGCCGACCAAGAACUGUUUUCGAAACAGAUAGGAAGGUGUGCAGAAAACUGGUGGACGGUGAUCACGCACACGAACAACUUCAACGCACUUAAUGAAACCGCAACGAAUCAUAACCUGGCAUAG